AUGGAGCCUACUCGCAUCAGGCCAUCUCUGCAUUUUACUGCUGACUACUGGAUCAAUGAUCCUUGUGCACCUGGAUAUGAUUCGGCGACGGGCUUAUACCAUGUCUUCUAUCAAUGCAAUCCACAUGGUACCGAAUGGGGCUCGAUGUCUUGGGGUCAUAUAACCAGCGAAGACCUCAUUUCCUGGACACCUUCCAUGAGGCCCGCAUUGGUUCCUGACCAGCCUUAUGAUCAUGACGGAGUCUUUACAGGUUGCAUGGCACCUCCUACAAGUUCCGAACAAGGCCCUCUGAAAGUUGUCUACUCUUCAGUUCAAAAUCUGCCUUUUCACUGGAGCACACUUCCAUAUCCCCGCAACGCUGCUGGACUAGCAAUUGCAAAAUCCAACGAUGGCGGUAAGACAUGGACGAAAUGCUCAGAAAAUCCUAGCUUGAUGGGUGAGCCCAAGGGGAUACAAGUGACUGGCUUUCGUGAUCCCUUUCUAGCAGAAUGGCAUGCUUUGCAUCAGUUACGUGGACAGAAGUCCCUGUAUGGUCUUGUCUCCGGAGGAAUUGCAGGCCACGGCCCGACAGCCUUCCUGUAUUCUGUGCCACAUAACAACAUAUCAGAAUGGCAGUAUCUGUGUCCUUUGGUCGACAUGCCUGCUCGAUUCCAGCCCUCACCGAAAUGGUCUGGAAACUUUGGCGUUAACUGGGAAUGCGUCAAUUUUCUGACCCUCGAAUCUGAGAGCAACAGCCGCGUCUGUUUGAUACUGGGAGCAGAGGGGGAUGUGGAACGUGAACAUAUCCGAAAUUUUGAAUCCAGUCCACAAAUUGCCCCAAGGACUGUUCGGUCUCUGCUAUGGAUGUUUGGUGACUUGAGGGUUGAGAACAAUUCAGCUCGUCUUGACUACACUCAUGGCGGAUAUUUGGACUGCGGGUCACUCUAUGCGGCCAAUUCAUACUUUGAAUCCUGGUCUAAGAGACAUAUAAUGCACGCGUGGAUUCCCGAAGAGGACAUUACAGCGAGUUAUGCCAAAGACAAAGGAUGGAACGGAGCAUUGGCCAUUCCUCGCGAGCUCUUUCUACUUUCGGUACCAAAUGUUACUCGAGCUCUUCACGGCCCCCUGUCGGAGGUAGCCUCUGUUGCACGAGUUACAAAUGGAGACGGCUCAGCCACUAUUCAAACCCUUGGAAUACGGCCUGUUAAAGAGAUAGAUCAACUCCGCAAACGCUGUGGUCAUGUCUACCAGCGGCAAAAUAUCUCACUCCCGUCUUCGACAGCCGAAGCAACGCAGACACUGUGCUCGGCAUCGUUCUCUACUUGGGAGCUCGAGGCAACGAUAUCCAUUGACCCGAGUCGCUGCCAUGAAUUGGGUUUUCAUAUCCGCCAUAAUAGCGACAUGUCCUCAUGUACUACCAUCACGUUUUCUCUUCAGGAAGAGACGAUCAGUGUCAGCAAAGGAAGAUCAACAUCUGAUCCAAACAUACGCAAUUGCCCCGAACAGGGCCCAUUUACUCUCUUUUAUAGGGCUAGUCAUCUGGCUGUCGGGUCCGAAGACAAAUUGGAAAAUUUGCGUAUUCGCGUAAUCUCUGACGCGGAUGUCUUAGAGGUUUUUGCAAAUGACUGGUUUGCCUUGACUACGACGGUUUAUUCUCCGGAGUAUUCUAGCCCUACUGGAAUAUCAGUCUUUGCUAAUGGGGGGCAGGAGAGUGCUGUUUUCGAAGAGGUGAAUGUUUGGGACGGGUUGUCGACUGCUAGGAGAUAA